CAAUUGUAAAGCUAGCACAAAAGCAACACUUUUUUUUUUAUGAUAAAAAAAGUAAUAAUUUCAAGAAUAUAGAGGUGUCAAGGUGUGAAGAUGGCAGAAGGUGAGAGGAGGUCUGUGGUUGAUGAAAGGAGGUAUGCCAUUGUUACAAAGGAAUCUAUAGUAAUGAUGGCAGAGUCAGGUGGCCAUGAUGAUAUUGAUGAUACUAUUGCUGGUAUUUUAGGAGAAGAUGUGAGCUACAGAUUGAGAGAAAUAACACAGAAAAGUGCUCAGUUUAUGAGACAUGCUAGAAGAAAGCGUUUACAUACGGAUGACUUCAACAAAGCUUGUAGACACAGUGACAUACAGCCUGUUCAUGGGCAUGGGUCUAGUGAGACUCCGGCACCUUUCCAUCAUAUUAAGACAGAUAUUGGAGAAUCUAUACAUUUUACUGAUGAUCCAGAGUUGAAUCUAGCAAAUGUUGCAGUAAAUGACUACAUGCCAAAACAACUUGGUGAUACAACAAUUAAAGUUCACUGGUUGGCUGUUGAAGGAGUACAGAAAACAGCACAGAACCCACAAGGUAACAAAGUGGAGGCAAGUGGGACACUGAUGAAAUAUUUUGAUAAAAUAACACAAGCUGUGCUUGGACUGGAUUCAGAAAUGAUGAAGACAGCCCUGUCAGACCUAAGAACCAAUGCUAAUAUAUCUACACUAUUGCCCCAUUUUGUCAGUUUUGUAGCCAAUGGGGUGAAGACAGUGAGUCAUGACCUAAGGCAGCUUAGCCAGCUUCUAUACAUGAUACAGAGUCUUGUAUAUAACAGUGCUUUAUUCCUCGAAGCUCAGCCAUUUCUGGCACAGUUGAUCCAGGGUAUAGAGUAUUGUCUUCUGCAGCCUUUUACAGAUAAUGGUAGCUCCACGUGUGAUCAGUGGUCACUGAAAGAUUAUGCUGCAAGGCUACUGUCUCAUGUUAUCAGUGUCUGGGGUAACUCAGUGAAUCAUUUAGAGAGAUUUACAGAGAAAACAUUACGUGAGACACUGUAUGAUCACAACAAACCAUAUGCAGCGCAUUAUGGAGCUAUCAUGGGUCUUCUUUAUCUUGGUUCAGAGAAUAUUGAGCGAGUGGUAUUGCCACAUCUAGGGAUGUACUGGCCAUACUUAAUGUCUGGAUUGAACAAGUCUCGUCCAGAGACAUCAGAACUACAGCACAGUGCAUCUAUGGUUUAUGGUGCCCUGUUGCUGAGUGUGGAACAUGUUCUGAGAAAAUACAUCAAACAGUUCAAAGAUCAACACUUACCAGGAAAGACUAAGACUUCUAAUGACAGUGUUUGCAUUCCUCAACCACCUAAGGUCAAAGGUCAAGGAUUAUCUAGCAGUUGUGGAUUUAUGUCUAUGUUUGAUAAAUCUCCUGUAACAUUUUACAUUGAAAUGUUGGAAUAUUUUGGAGACAGUUUGACUUUGAGGUUACCCGAGAUAUUAGAACUGAGAAGAGAUGUUUUUAAACCAGCGCCAAGGGAGAUAAAGACAUUCCUGACUGAUACAGAGAGUCAGAAGUCUGGGGAGGAGUUGUUGGCAGAACUAGAGGAACAAGUUAAACAGGAACAGGAGGAGAAGAAGUUGAGACACCAGGAAAGCUAUCUUAAGGUUAAACAAGAGCUGGAGUUGAAGGAACGUUCAGUAAGGUAUAAGAGAGAGCAUGAAUGUCGGCAAGCUGACCGUCGCCAACAGUUACAGAUAGCUCAACAACGUCAAAUAAUCAGUGCUGCUGGUGACAGUGAUGCAGAGAUAGAUGUAGAGGGAGAUAAUGACAAAUCUGAUAACUCUUUCCAGUCCGAGAAAUCAGAGGAAGAUUUAGCGGCAGAUAUGUCUCUUGCUGUGAAAAGCUCUAUAGGAGAACCCGGACAAGGAAUAAAACUGACGUUCACAAAACGGCCAAAACUAACUCAGUUUAGUGGGGAUUCCCCUUUCAGUGACUAUGGUGAUUAUAGGGAAAAAGAAUCUAAACAUAGUAGAAAAAGGAAGCACAGUUCUUUAAGUCCUGAUUUGGAUAUUUCAAACUAUGAAACUGGGCCAUCAUCAUUUUCCCAUUUAGGUCUUUAUUCUUCAGAGGGAGAAGGGAGUUCAGACAGUAGUGUGGGCCGGAAAUCUCUCACUAUGAAAUUUAAAAAGAAAGAUAAUUAUCCGGAAUAAAUUUUGUAUCAAAAUGA